AUGGAAAGAAACUUUCAUGAUGUAAAUAGCAAUAAUGAAGAUAUAAGAAAAGGGAAUUAUAAUGGGAAUGAUCAAAUAGGAAUAAAUAAUAUAUAUAUGAAUAAUAAUAAUAAUAUGAACAAUUGUAAUGUGGCAAAUAUAAAUGCCCUAGAAAAUAUGAAAUAUAACCAAAAUAUAUUCAACAAAAGUGAUAUAAAUCUUUAUAAAUACAAUUUAUUGUUGAAAAGAAAUAAUAUGCAUAUUCAGGAUAAUAGGAAAAACAUCAACAGCAUUAUUACAUCAAUAAAACACACUAACCCUAAUAACAAUAAAAGCAAUAAUAACAACAGUAAUUUAAUAAAUGGUGAAUGUUAUAACAAUUCAAGCACCUAUAAUACACUCGAUUUGAAUAAUACAAGUUAUAUGCAAAACCCAAAUGUACAUUUAAAUGAAUGUGAAAAUAUUAUUUAUAAAAAUCAAAAGCAAUUAAAUAAUACCAUACACUGUCAUAAUGAUAUUAAUAAUAUGAAAAAUACAUGUUUAAAUAAAAACUUGUAUGAACAUUCAGAUAUUCAAAAUAAUAUCCAGUUUUCUAAUUAUACUAGAAAUAUAAAUAGUGAGAAUAAAUAUCCAUAUAAUUCUUUGAACAGUGAUAAUAAUUCACUUAUUCAAUUUCAAAUGGAUAAUUAUGUGAAUGAAAUCGAUAAUAAUGAGAUCAAACAACUAAUGAUAAAUAUGAACACACACAAAAAUUUGACACAUAUAAGAGAAAGAGAAAUUAUGAACAGUACAUGUAAUAACAACUUAGUGAAAUCCCAUGAAGAAAAUUUUUUAAACUCAAACCAAAGUAUAGUAAAUAAUAAAAUAAAGAUAAACCAAGAAAAUCAAAAUUUAAAUAAUGAUAAUAUAACAAAUAAAAUACAUUUUAUGAAUAAUUCAUUAAAUGAGAAUAUUGCAAAUAAUAAUUAUAGCAGUAAUAGUAGUAUCGGUCAUGGAAUAAAAGACCAAGACGAUAAAGGGAUGCAAAAUUACAUGAACAUUCAUGAAAAUCAGUAUAUAAAUAGUAAUGGUAUAUAUGGGAAUAGUAAUGGCCACUUAAAUAGUAAUUUGUUUAAUAAUAAUUUAUAUUUUCCAAAUAUGCAAAUUAAUAAUAAAGUUGAAAUGAAUGGAAAAAAUAAUAAACAUGAUAAUAAAAUAAGCGAAUUUAAUACUACUCCAAAUAACUAUGAUUCACUAAUUAAAGUAGGAAUAAAACAUAUUAAUGGAAAUAAAAAUUCCACAGAACUAAAAAAUAAUUCGAACUUAAAUAAAAUAAAUUUAAAUGAUUCGAGUGCAUUAUGCUCACCAAUAAAUGGUAAUAAAAAUAAUAUAAAAUUUUCCAAAUGUGUAAAAGAAAAUAAUGAUUAUAUUGUAAUUUCGACAAAUAAUAAUAAUUUUCGAAAUAUUACAAAAAAUAACAAUUUUGAAAACAUAAAAAAUAUUCCCAAUAUUGUUAAUACUGGCGAUAUUAUUAAUACUUGUAAUAUUGAUGAAAGUGAAUAUUUAAAUAAUACUGAAUCUAUUGAGAAUAUUGAGAGCAAUUCAUUAUUGGCUCAUAAAAAAAAAGUCAAUAUUAAUAAUAAAUUUCCUUUGAAUAUUUACAUAAGUACUGAUCACAAUAGUAAUAAUAAUAAUAGUAAUAAUAGCAAUAAUAGUAAUAAUAAUAAUAAUAUCACUAAGGAUAUUGAAAAUAAUAGUGAUAGUAGUAAUAACAGUAUACAAGUUAUUGAGUGCGAAAAUAAAAAAGUCCAUUCUAAUAAUAAUCCUCAAAGAAAUAAAAUUGUAAAUAAUGCCAAUACUAAUAAUAAUAUAGAAUCUUUUGAUACUAAUUCCUUUCCAUAUGCAAACUAUAUUAUAAAUAAUUCAUCCAAAAUGAAAAACAUAAGCCAUAAUAAUAUCAAUGGGAAAAAUUUUAAUAAUAAUGGAAUCUAUGGAGAAAAUAUGAAUAUACAUGACAAAGAUGGUAAGUUAUAUAACAAUUUGAGCAAUUUUUAUAGUAAUUUAAAUAUUAAUAAUUCACAAAACUUAAGAAAAAUGGAUAAUAAUAUUUCUCGAAAUGGUAAUGAUAAUAAUAACUAUAUGCAUGAUUAUAACAGUUUUUCAAAUAAUGGUAAUAAUUUAUAUAAUAAUAUAAAUCCAAAUAAUAAUGGAUAUUUAAAACAAAAAAAUAAAGAAAUUAUAAUGAAUCAUCAAAAUGAUAGAACACAUUUAAAUAAUGACGUAUUUAUAAAUUUAGAUAAUUCAACAAAUACGCCAUUAUCAAAUUCUGCAUCAUUUGGAACAAUUUCAAAUUCCCAUUUAAAUAAUAUUCAAAAUAAUUCUAAUCAAAUAAAUCCAGAUAUCCUUAUUAAUAAUGAAGUAAAUUCUAGUCAUAUAUCAAAUGUAAUAAAUAAUGGAAACCCAAAUUAUAUGACAAAGGGUUUACGAAAUAAUAACAAUAAUAAUGUAUUAAUAAACGAUGUAACGAAUAUAAAUUCCCAAAAAACAGGGAAACAUGUAAACAGUUUUAUGAGCAAUUUAACUAACAAUAAUGGCUUUAAUUUAUAUAAUAACAUAGAUAUGGGUAUAAAUAAAAAUACAGAAAAUAAUAGUGGAAAUAUGAAUAAAAUAUUUCCAGUACACACAAAUAUGAGUAGCGAUUUAAAAAACACAAUAAAUAAUUUAAAUGAUAAUAACAAAUCAAUGACAAUAAAACCGCCAUUAACAAAUUUUGCUCCCAUAAAUCAGACACAAAAUAAUUAUAAUAUAAAAAAAUAUGUAUAUGCAUCAAAUAUAAAUAAAAAUAUGGAUGGAUAUUCUCCUAAAUUAAUAGAAUAUUCUUUAAAAAAUGAUAAUACAAAAGGAGUAAAUUAUAAUAUAAAAGAUAGAUCUUUAGCAAACGAAAAUGCGAUAAAUUUUAUGAGAAGGAAUGGAAUAAAUGAUCAUUUUAUGAAUAAAAGUGUGGUUCAUAAUUUAGCAAAUAAUGGGAAUGAAAUAGAAAAUAUGACAAACAGCUUACAAAUAAUAAAUAACAUCCAAAUUAAUCGUUCUAGUGAUAUAAAUAAAUACAAAAACGAAUUAUUAAAUAAUUUAAAUGAUUUUUCAAAUAGGAAUGAUGGUGAUAAUUUAAUUCUAAACCGUGAACAUGCAGAAAUAUUCAGCGACAGAAAUAAUAAUUUUUUUUACAAGGAUAUAACAAACAAUAACAUGAAUGCGAAUAUGAAUAUGAAUGCAAAUGUGAAUGCGAAUAUGAAUAUGAAUGCAAAUGUGAAUGCGAAUAUGAAUAUGAAUGCAAAUGUGAAUGCGAAUAUAAAUAGUAGCGGAAAUAAUAUUUCAAUUAAUAAUUUGCAAAACAAUAUGACAUUAAAUGGGAAUUAUGAUUUAUUGAAAAUUAUGAAUAUAUCUAACGAUGAUAAUAAAUUAAACUCAAUAGAUGUAAAAAAUAAUUUAAGCAAUUUAACAAAUAUGGAUAAUUUUCAAAAUAAAAUCCAACUAAGACAAAAAACACAUGCAUGUUCAGAAAAUGGAGGUUGCAAUAACAUGGAAAGAAAUAAUAGUGCAGGUAUGAGUAAUCGAACUAAUAAUAAUUUAGGUGGAGUGUUAAAUAUCGGAAAUAUUAAUUAUAAUAAAUUUUAUGAUACAACACAGCAAAAUUCUCGUAUUCAAAAAAAUAAUAUUCGACAAAAUAAUCCAAAUAUAAAUGGAAUAUCUAAUAAUGGUAAUUCUAUGAACAAUAUUUCAAAUAUAUAUUCAACAGUAAAUCAUUUAAAUAGUAAUGCGAAUAGAAGUAAUUUAAAUGUCAAUGAAAUUGCAAAUAAUAAUAAAAUACAUUUAUUAAAUAAUAAUGUAACCACACAGACAAUCGAUGGAUUAAUAUUAAUGCGAAAUAAAUGUACAUCUAAUGAUAUAAAAUAUUUUCAAAAUGAAUAUGAAAAUGGAAUAAAUAAGAUAGGAUAUACUUCUAGUAAUGGUAAUAAUCAAAUAGGAAAAUAUGAAUUAAAUUUAAAAAAUAAAGAUACAUUGCCUCGUUCCAAUACUAAUGAACUUUCCCCACUUUUUAAUAAAAAUGAAUAUUUAUAUCAUGCUCAAAAUAAUAAUAACAAAUAUCCUGACAUGUAUAAUAACAAUAUUGGAAAUCACAAUACUCAAAUGGUUAAUUCAAACAAUAAUGGAUAUGUGAAAAAUGGAAUUAAUAAUAUAAACAAAAAUAAUUUAUUUAAAGUAGAAAAUGUAAAUAGGAUAAAUAACAAUAAUAUUGCCUAUAAAGGAAAUUAUAACAAUGGAAUUAAAUACAAUAAGGAGCACAAUAUAGAUACAGAAAUAAAUAACAAUACUAAAGAAUCUAUCAAUCCAACUAAUGUAAAUAAUUAUAAUGAUUUAAGAAAAAAUAGUUAUCAAAUUAUUAAUGAUAAUAAUGGGGGAUUUAAUGAAAGUGAAAAAGGAACUUCAUCAAAUUAUAAUUUUCAACAUAACGAAAUAAUCAGAAAUUGUAUAUAUGAUGUUGAAGCAGACAAAUUAGUAAAAAAUGAAAAUAUUAACAAAAACAAUAGAGGGGGAUUUGAUUAUAUUAAUAAUAAUUUUAAUAAUGCUUAUAGUACAAUAAGUGAAAAUUAUAAUAGAAAUAAUUUUGCUAAAUAUGAAUUUAAUAAAAUAAUGAAUACAAUGUCAAAAGGAGAUCUAAAUAAUUCACUAAAUUUAAAAAACUUAACUAACAUUAAUAAAAAUUUUAAUAUUCUAAUGAGUAAUUUGGAUUCACAAAAUGUAGGGAAUUAUGUAAAUCACGAAACUAAAGACAAUUGUAAUAUUAAUAUUGAUGAUAAUAAUAAUAAUCAAUUUUAUAAUGGAAAUAAUCAUAAAAUGUAUAUCCAUGAUAAUCAUAAAAAAAAUAUUCAAUCAAAUAAUCUGAAUAUUUUUAAUGAUAAUAAUAAAAGCAGUUGUAGUAAUGGAAAUAAUGUUGGGGAAAUAAAUAUGCUUAGCAAAAAAAAUAAUAUGAUAUCUGAAAAUAUUAAUGCUAAUAAUAUUAGUUUAAAUAAUAUUGCCUUCAAAGUACAAAUGCAAAAAAAUGGAUAUAUGAGUAAUGAUAAUAAUAUUUCUGGAAUUUCAGAUAUGGGAAAUUUUGGAAAUCAGGAUAAUUUGAUGUAUAUUCUAAAUCGCAAUAAUAAUGUUUUAAUGAAAAAUGGAAAUAACGUAAAUGGAAAUGUAGGGUAUAUAAAUACACCAUUAAACAAUGAUGGAAUAUUAGGAUUAAACAAUCAUAUAAAUUUUAAUACAAUACAUAAUAAUGUGACAAAUAUUAAUAACAACAAUGUAGAUCAUUUAAUUAUUAGCAACAUUUCACAGGGAAAAAAUAAUAAUGAUCAAUCAAAAUUUAAUAUGAAUCAACAUUUUCAAGAAAUUAAAAAUGGGUAUCCAAAAAUAGGAAACAAAAGAAAACAAAUAGAGCCUUCAAAAACAAUUGAUCUAUCAAAUAUUGAUGAAAAUCAGUUUUUAAAUAAUGGAAAAAAAAAUGUAAGAAGAAAAAAAAAAGAAAGUGUCAAUACAUCAUCAGGAUCAUCUGGUAAUGAUGCUUUAUUGCCAAACUCAAAAAAUAAAAUACUUGGAAAAAUUUCACAAAAUACAUUCCAAAACCAUAAUACUACAAAGUUAUCAAUUUCUACGAAUAAUUCUGAAUUGGAUACAAAUCAACAAUCUCACAUAACCCCUGAGUCUAAUACCUUAUCAAAUUGUGGAACAUCUAAACAAUUCACUGAACCCUUAACAAAUUCAGAAACAAAUAUAUUAAAUAAUAGCAUAAAGGAAAAUAUUUAUAAUAGUGAUAUAGGAAAAUCAGAAAAUAUGCAAAUAGUUGAUAAUAAUUAUAUCAUUCAUAAUAAUACAAUUGGAAAUAUCAAUUACACAGCCUUCGAAAGAAAUAAUGUUUCUAUGAAUGAAAAUUUGAAAAAUAGCAAUAAUAUAAUUUACAAAGAAAAUGGUUCUGUAAACAAUCAAAAUAAUGCAUCUAAUACAAAAGAUAUGAACACAAUGAUGAUGGGUUCUGGUAACGAAUUUUAUCAUAAAAUAAAAAUAUAUGAUAAUGAUGUAAAUAUAUGGGAUAACAAAAAUGGUGUUAUGUCCAGAAAAAAUGAUCAGUUUCAAUUCCCUUCAUAUUAUAAUAAUAUGAAAAGGAAUGAAACUGAAAAUGGACAAAAGGUUUAUCAAAAAGAUGUGUUGUUUCCAAAUACAAAAAUAUCAGAAAUUUCAGUAACAGAUUCAACUAUCUCAGAUUAUAAAAAUGAAGAACACGAUUUAAAAGAAAACCAAGUUCAAAAAUCGUUUGAAUAUAUAGAUAAACAUAUAGCCAAUUAUGAAAAUUUAAUUACUAAUCUUUCUUUUAUUAGUGAUAAGGGAAAUAAAGAAAUAAAAAAAGAAAAUGAUAAAAUUUAUAAUGGAGUUAUGAAUUUCAUUCCUACUAACAUAAAUAUAGAAAAUUUAACAGAAAAAAAAAAUGGCAUUGAAUAUGAUUCUACAUCUAUUUGUAAAAAUAUAAAUGAAUUAUUUGAUAAUAAAAUAGAGAAUGAAAAAAUAAACAAAUCAAAUAGUGACAUAAAUAUAUCAAAUUCAUCAUAUAAUAUGUUAGUGCAAAGUAAUAAUCAAACUGAAAGUGUUAUAGAUAAUUCACAUAUUAAGGAAAACAACCAAAAUGCAAGCUUAUUAAAUGUGCCACUAUAUUUAAACGAAGUAGAUAAAAUGGAUGAUAAUGAUAAUGUCAAUAAAGAAAACAAAUUUGAAGCAAACGAAUUUGAAGAUAAUAUGAACAAACACGUUUUUUUCAAAAAUAAAAAACAAUACGAAACAUAUAUAAUGUUUAAUGACAUAAAUGCUGGUAAGGAUAAUAUAAAUUUAUUUAUGUCAAUGAAUAUUUCACCAUUUAAUCAAAGUUGUAGAAAACAGAAUGAAGCAUAUAACUUAUAUUUAGAAAAUGAAGAAGGAAAUGAAAUGAAUGUAAAUCAAACUGAAAAUAUAAAUACAUCAAAUAUACAAAAUGAUAAUCCAGUUGUAUUAUAUAAUGAUCUUAAUUCUGAGAAAUGUGAUUUAACUAAUGAUGAAAUGAAUGGCCAUAUAUUGAGAAAUUUCAUUGGAAAGACAAUCGAAUUUAACGAAAAUAUAAAUAUAAGUGAAAAUGAAAUGAUAAAGAAUAAUAUGUUAAGAAGUUUGUUAAGUAUAAAUUCUAAGGCAGAAAUUAAAAAAAUAAUAGAAAAUAAAAUAUUUGAAAAAAAUAAUGAAAAUAAAAAAAUAGUAUUCAGUGUUGUUAAACAAAUUGAUGGUGCAAAAUUUUUGUAUAUAUUAAGAAUUAUAUUAAAAGAACAAAAUAUAAGUUGCAAUAAAAACAAAAUAAAAGUUUUGAAAAUACAAAAAAAAAAAAUUCUUUAUAAAACAUUUUAUCAAAAAAGUAAUAAAUCAAAAGCUUUAACCCUUGAAUAUAUUCUUAAACCAUAUCACAAUGUUAUAGGGGAAAUGAACUGUUUAGUGAGAUCAGAAGAAUGCCUACUUGAAAGUGAUCGAGAAAAAAGAAAUAUUGAAAAAAUAAUAAAUGCAAAUUUUGAAAUAACAACAACAACUGUAUCUAUGGCUACUCCCACAAUUAUUAAUCUAUUUAAGAAUGACUACAUGUUACAAAACUCGUAUUAUUGCGAUAUCUGGUCUUUUUAUCUUUGCCUAAAUGACCAGUUUAAUGCUACUAUUGAAUUUCACCAAAAUAUGAAUAAAGCCAAUGGAAAUAAAUUGUAUAAGCUAAGCAUACGGGCACAUUGUGAAAAUUACGAGACAUUUUUUGAGAAUUUUAUAGAAUUUUUGGUUUAA